UAAUUGUAGUGAUCGUUUAAGCACACAUGUUCCGUUACCGGUAUUCCCUAAGAGCCAGAGUUCAAUUCUUGAAAUCAGUUGCGUCUCCAGACAUGAUCAGUAUACUAUUAGUCGGCUACUUUACUCUCCUGUCUGUCAUAAGCGCUCAGGCUAUUAAUUUGAGUCGAUCCCUACGAGAUAAUGCUUCGACGAUCAAAUCACUUGACUUCCGAUUCAAUCGUCAGGAAAGGUUUUUUCCACUAUUCAGCGUCGUACGUUUCGCUAACUCCGAGUGUCUGUCGAGCAUCGAUCAACUUAAUGGCACAUGUUUCACGAGACGGGAGUGCAUAAAUUAUGGAGGUAAUCCAUCGGGACCGUGCGCCAACGGAUUGGGCACUUGCUGUGUGUUUCAAAAGUCUUGCGGUUCUACCACCAAUAUGAACAACACGUACUUUGUAAGUCCAAGAUAUCCCAUCACUUAUCGAGGUGGAGAACGAUGCACAAUCACGGUGCAACGCUGUAAUUCCAAUAUAUGUCAGUUGCGACUGGAUUUUCUGGAGGCUACCUGGGCUCAGCCUAAUUCGACUGGAUUUUGCGAUUUAGAUGUGUUUCUGGUAUCGGGAGGUUCAUCUACGGUGCCUAGAAUAUGCGGGGAAGACACCAACCAGCAUGUGUACGUUGACUUCAAUGGAGCAACACCAAUCACGAUAUCCAUCGAUACUAAUGCGGAUUACGCGUUUGAUCGACGCUGGAACAUAAGGAUUUUGCAAAUAGCAUGUGAUUCUGUGGACAGAGGUACACGAACGUUUUUAUUAUCUCUUUGGCUGACAAAACUAUCCCUCACUUCUGUUUCAGCUCCUAAUGGAUGCUUACAAUAUUACAAGACUGUUUCCGGCACUGUAAUGAGUUUUAAUUUUGGUACAACGGAGAACGCUCGAGCUCCUCAAAUUGGAACGCGACAGAUGGUGAAUCAUCGUUAUGGCGUAUGUAUCAGGAUGGCUUUAGGAUACUGCAGUAUUGAGUGGUCACAGAUUAAUAGAUUUUCUUUUUCCGUCUCUGGAGACACAGGAUCGUUUGACCCAGAUAUAAUAGGUACAGACUUGGUAGCAGAAUCUGGAGCUAGCUGUAUUAACGAUUUCGUGAUUAUACCUGAUCCGAGUGAAAAUAGCGCCUUUGUUAAUACAGACAGAUUUUGCGGAAAUGGAUUUAUAACAAAAACAUCAAACUUGAAGCCCUUCAUACUUUAUGUCGUUACAAACAGCGACGAAAUGCUAGAAGCCCAAAAUAAAGGUUUCGCACUCAUGUUUCGUCAGUUACCUUGUGCAGUUUAAGUAUACUGUUAUGUAUAUAAAUUAUAAGGUCUGCACUAGUCACUGAGCAAUCACCAGUAAAUAGCUAUUUAAGAAACAUUUUAAAAUAAAAAUGUUUAGAUUCAAUUUUUAUACAUAUUUAAAAUUGAAUGGUUCAAUUUAUUUCUUAUUUGACUGGUGUAAUGACCUACAUGAUUUUUAUCUAGGGAGCGAUAUUGUUAAAUUACAUUGUUAAUAUUUAUAAGUACGAUUUAUUGUGUAAAUAAAUAACUCUAUACACAU